ACAUUAUUUUUAUUUUCCACAUUUUAUAGAAGAGGAACAGGAUCAGAAAAAUAAAGUCACUUAUCCAAGAUCACACAGCUAAUUAGCAAUAGAAGGGGAACAUUCCAAUAGUACCCAGAAAAAAGGGAAAGGGGUGGACUUUUCCUUGCUUUAAUAAUUGAUCAUCUUUUUUUCUUUGUUUAUAGAUUAAAUAUGGAAAAGACAAACAAAAGAGGUCAAUGAAGAAACUUGAGGAUAAGCUUGAUGCUUUGCAGCUGCAGAGCACUAAGGAAGGAGCGGGACUCACUGCGGGCAGCAGGGGAGACUAGAGGACCGGAGGUGCAUCCUCAGGAGGAAGCUCUGGGGGACAGGGAGAGAGCAUUGACUUUUCUUCGCGGAUUGACUUUUGGCCCAAUUGGCCUGUUACCAGCCCUCAUAUUAUUUCUACUGGAGUCCUGCAGGGUCACUUCCACAUUUCAAGAGGAUCGGGUGGAAAAAAAGUGCUUAGCAAAAAAAUAUACUCACCUCUCCUGCAAUAAAGUCUUCUGCCAGCCGUGGCAGAGAUGCAUUGAGGGCACCUGUGUUUGUAAACUACCGUAUCAGUGCCCAAAGAAUGGCACCGUGGUGUGUGCAACUAAUGGGAGAAGCUUCCCAACAUACUGUCAACAAAAGAGUUUGGAGUGUCUUCGUCCAGAGACAAAGUUUUUAAAUAAUGGAACAUGCACAGCCGGAGGAAAGUUUAGUGUUUCCUUAAAGUAUGGAAAUACAGAUUCAGAGGGAAUAGUUGAAGUAAAACUUGUAGACCAAGAUAAGGCAAUGUUCAUAUGCAAAAGCAGCUGGAGCAUGAGGGAAGCCAACGUGGCCUGCCUUGACCUUGGAUUUCAACAAGGUGCUGAUAGUGAAAGAAGGUUUAAGUUGUCUGAUCUCUCUAUAAAUUCUACUGAAUGUCUACAUGUACAUUGCCGAGGAUUAGAGACCAGCUUGGCUGAAUGUACUUUUACUAAGAGAAGAACUAUGGGUUACCAGGAUUUAGCUGAUGUGGUGUGUUACACACAGAAAGCAGAUUCUCCAACGAAUGACUCCUUUCAGUGUGUGAAUGGGAAAUACAUUUCUCAGACGAAGGCCUGUGAUGGUAUCAAUGAUUGUGGAGACCAAAGUGAUGAACUGUGUUGUAAAGCAUGCCAUGGCAGAAGCUUCCAUUGUAAAUCGGAUGUUUGCAUUCCAAGCCAGUAUCGAUGCAACGGUGAGGUGGACUGCAUUACAGGGGAAGAUGAAGUUGGCUGUGAAGGCUUUGCAUCUGUGGCUCAAGAAGAAACAGAAAUUUUGACUGCUGACAUUGAUGCAGAAAGAAGAAGGAUAAAAUCAUUAUUACCUAAAUUAUCUUGUGGAGUUAAAAACAGAAUGCACAUUCGAAGGAAACGAAUUGUGGGAGGAAAGCCAGCACAACUGGGAGACUUCCCAUGGCAGGUGGGAAUUAAGGAUGCCAAAGGAAUCACCUGUGGGGGAAUUUAUAUUGGUGGCUGUUGGGUUCUGACUGCUGCACAUUGUCUCAGUGCCAGUAAAAUUCAUCGUUACCAAAUAUGGACAACAGUAGUAGACUGGUUACACCCCAGCCGUUCAGUAGCAGUUGAAUUCGUGGAUAGAAUUAUUUUCCAUGAAAACUACAAUGCAGGCACCUACCAAAACGACAUUGCUUUGAUUCAAAUGAAAAAAGUGGGAAACAAAAAAGAUUGUGAGCUGCCUCGUUCCAUCCCUGCCUGUGUCCCCUGGUCUCCUUAUCUAUUCCAGCCUAAUGAUAGAUGCAUCAUUUCUGGCUGGGGACGAGAAAAAGAUAACGAAAAAGUCUUUUCACUUCGGUGGGGUGAAGUUAAACUAAUAAGCAACUGCUCUAAGUUUUAUGGAAAUCGCUUCUAUGAAAAAGAAAUGGAAUGCGCAGGUACAUAUGAUGGUUCCAUCGAUGCCUGUAAAGGGGACUCUGGAGGCCCCUUAGUCUGUAUGGAUGCCAACAAUGUGACUUAUGUCUGGGGUGUUGUAAGUUGGGGGGAAAACUGUGGAAAACCAGAGUUCCCAGGUGUUUACACCAAAGUAGCCAAUUAUUUUGACUGGAUUAGCUACCAUGUGGGAAGGCCUCUUAUUUCUCAGCACAAUGUAUAAAAUUGUGAUCUCCCUCUUCUUUCUAUUCUUUUUCUCUCAAGAGUUCCAUUUCAUGGAAAUAAAACUGUAUAAUUAAUAAUUCUGUAGGGGCAAAAAUGAAGCAAAUCUCACUGGAUAUUUUUAAAGGUCUUCACAAAGUUUAUGCCAUAUUGGAAUUUUGUUGUAUAAUUCUCAAAUAAAUAUUUUGGUCAAGCAUA